AUGAGUGAUGAAACCGAUUCCGUAGGUAGCAUCAGUUUCAACCUGAGAUUAUGCGCUCGGCUGCGAAAGCCUCAGCAUCCUUCAUCAGCAACAUCCUCCCACUCUCCACCAAAACCAAAACUCCGUGUCCGGGAUACUGUGGUGCAGCGCCUUCGUCAUAGAAAUCACCAACUUGCCGUUGAAGAAUUCCUUGCGCAGCAAGAUGCUGCACCGAAGGUCUCCCAAGAAACAGCGCUGAACCAUUACGCGCGCCGGGCCUACAAUUCUCUACAAAGCCGUGAGAUGAUAGCUGCAGAGGAAAAAGAGGCGGCAAUGCUCCGGUAUGAGACCUUUACGCAGAUGCUUGGAAAGGAAAUCAGCCGUCGGCAUUUUCGUACAGCGCACCGUUACGACACUGGCAGCAAGUACCCGGCGGGCCCUGUACAGACUGACCAGCACGGGCCCAAAGAACGGGACACUUUGCUCACGUUAAUGGCUUCUCGCAAGCUCCUUUCCAUGGCGGACGUGCUGCUUGCAUAUCCCGGCUCAGUACGCGUGGGCCUACAACCGGUUUCUGACAAUCCACGCACGACGACAGGAGCAGCGGGCGCGGCUUUGGUGGGUGCGGUUCCGCCCACGGGCAGCCCUCUGGUUGCACUUCUGCACCCCGAAACUGGAAGUGGAAUCUCCCAGGUUUCGGAGCCGCCCCUCGUAGCGCCCUCCCUGGAUGCGACACGCUAUGCAUUGGCGCUCUACAGCCCACGCAGCAGCCCCCAGGCCGCAGGUGCCGAUGCCGGCACGCAUGAUCAUGCGCGCGCGCGAGAGAGAAGAUUUACCAAAGAAAACUCGGUUCGGUGGUGCCGUGCCGCGACCACCGAGGCCGAGGCCGCGACUGGUGGUGGUGGUGGUGGUGGUGGUGGUGUGCAGCUGCAGGAAACAGCAGCACUUGGAAGCCGCAUGCGCAUGCGGAGGCCUUCAACGGUGGCGGACGAUGUGAAAGCGGACGAGGCAGGCCAGGCCCUGGAGCAGGAUGAGCGGAAGAAUUGGGCCUUAGGUGACGCCGUUACCCGGCAACGACCGAACCCAUCCGAGGGUGGAACCGGCAUUGGCAGCAGCGACAGCAGUAGUUGCAGCCUAACAGCAUCACCAUCUGCUGCUGCUGCUGCUGCGGUUGUUGUGGCCCCGGCGCCAACCAUCCCUGCGUCCCUCGGAGCAGCAGCAGCAGCGGCGGCGGAGGCGGAGGCGCUGCCAAGGCCUGGUCUGUACCACCGUGCAGACAUGCCGCUGCUGAGAACGAUUUAA